AAAAGAACGCGAACUCGCUGUCGAGUCGUCCGACAAGCUAAGUCUCCUCCUUCACCCCCCCCUUUAUCAGCAUUUUACCCUUCACCACCUUCGCCCCAAACGCCUCCGUCGUCAGAACGGGGCAACGAAAUACAGCCUGUCUUCUGUGAGGCCCGGGUCGUUCUCGGAAGGGUCGGCUCAAGAUCUGCUUCGGCUGUGGGAAGGAGGCAGAGCCUUGCCAGGCCAGGAUCUGACAGAGGCAAUUCAGGCUUUCCAAUGUGUAAGACCGGCAAAACCAGAUGCAGGGUUGGUUGGAGUUCGGAGGUCAGGAGGGAGGCAGAUAAAGAAGAAAAGGUUGAGAAGGAGAAAGAGGAGGAAGAGAGGGAGGAUGAGGAGCAAGAGGAGCAGGAGGUGGAAGUGGGGGGGGAGGUCGAGGAGGAGGAUGAGGAGGAGGACGAGGAGGAGGGAGAAAAGGAGGAGAGGGAAGAGGAAGAUCUGGUUGUAGACGGAUUUCAGAGAUUGGCAACGGUCUCCAGAAAUUGCGUGUUUGCAGGGAGACUAGCUCGAGUCCAAGAAGCCUCUACCGGGAGUGAGCUUAGUCAAUUGGUUGUUAGUCCAGAGGGUGACACCAAAUAUCUGGCGGCUACAGCCACCAGGAUGACUGGAGAGGGGGAUGGAGAGGAUGACGAGUUUGUGUAUUCGAACCUGCUGACUGGUAAGUACCAAAUUACUUUUCAAGGGUUAUACCCACUGUUGCUCACCCUUUUUAUGGACACGCCUAAGACCCUAAAAACCCUUCCUCCAAGUCAAUCCGCCUUGCCACCCGGUAGCAUCAGCUCGAUGCCUAGAAUCCAGGAGAAUGGACCAUCCUGCCCCCCGAAUAUUCUUGCGACGGUGAUGCGCCCCCUUUGUAAGCUGUUGAGUCAGGUUUUUCUAUCCGCCGGACCUCACACCACAGAAGGUCGGCAACUUAGGUGGUUAGACGGACACAACAGGUGA